AUGGCGGCCCCGCUGGCAGCGGCGGGCGGCGGCGUCAGCGUCACGGGGGCGGCGGCGGGAGCAGUCGGGAGUGGGGGCCGUGGGCCAGCACUGCGGGAAGGGGCGCGGGUGUCGGCGCUGUGCCUAGCCUGGUACGGGUUGAGUGCCGGCGGGAACGUGGUGAACAAGCUGCUGCUCGGCGGCUUCCCGCGGCCCGUUACUGUCUCGCUCUUCCACAUCCUGGGGCUGUGCGGGCUCCUGCCGCCGCUGCUGCGCGCUUGGAGAGUACCGCCGGCGGGCCCGGCCCAGCUGCCGCCCCGCGCCUACCCUCGCUACAUCCUUCCGCUCGCCUUCGGCAAAUACUUCGCCUCCGUCUCGGCGCACGUCUCGCUCUGGAGGGUUCCGGUUUCUUACGCGCACACAGUGAAGGCGACGAUGCCAAUCUGGGUGGUUCUGCUGUCACGGAUCAUCAUGAAGGAGAAGCAGACAACCAAGGUGUACUUGUCUCUGAUCCCCAUAAUAACUGGUGUCCUGUUGGCCACUGUCACGGAACUGUCCUUUGACAUGUGGGGGCUCAUCAGUGCACUUGCUGCUACUCUGUGUUUUUCACUUCAGAACAUCUUCUCAAAGAAGGUGUUAAGAGAUUCCCGGAUACACCACCUUCGGUUGCUGAACAUCCUUGGGUGCCAUGCUGUGUUCUUCAUGAUCCCCACCUGGGUUUUGGUAGAUCUUUCAUCCUUCUUAGUAGAGAACGACCUGAGCACAAUGUCUCAGUGGCCCUGGACCUUGAUGCUGCUUAUAAUCAGUGGAUUCUGUAAUUUUGCCCAGAAUGUCAUUGCCUUCAGUAUCCUGAACCUGAUCAGCCCACUCAGUUACUCUGUUGCAAAUGCCACAAAAAGAAUCAUGGUCAUCACCGUGUCCCUUAUCAUGCUUCGCAAUCCGGUUACAAGCACCAAUGUCCUUGGAAUGAUGACAGCAAUCUUGGGGGUCUUCUUAUAUAACAAGACAAAAUACGAUGCAAACCAAGAAGCAAAGAAGCAGCUCCUUCCAGUCACAACCGGAGACCUUGUGAAUUUAGACCGUCACCGAAACAUUCCCGAGAAGUCUCAGAACGGACUCACAACAUUUGCACAACAUGGAGACUACCAGCACAGCCGAACCAGCGUCUUAACAGACCACUUCCAGUACAACCGGCAGAACUAUCCCACUGCCUACAACUUCAAUCGUUUUGAUAUCUAGA